UAAAAUUAUAUACGAACAAGUCAACUAGUUAUAAUAUACAAUAUAAAUUUUACUAUUUUUUAAAUUGAAUUUGUAAAAUAAGGUAUUUGUGUUUGAUAAUUUAAAUAAGAUUUAUUUUAUUAUUACCCCAUGACCAUUGUUUGAAUGUUUUCAAGUUGCUAAAUAUAAACGAGCAUGGAAAUUUGAGGUUAUAAAAGCUGUGCAUAGUAAAAUUUUAUGAUGACUGAGGUAACAAACACCAAAACUAAAAAAAAAAAGUGGAGUGAGGAAGAACGUUUGGAGUUAGCAGCUAAACUUGAUGCUGAAUUAGACGAAUAUAUUAGUAAUUUAGAAAGAAAAUCUUAUACAGAAGGAUGGCCUGAAGAUCGGUGGGAGGAAGAAAUGGAAAAACAUCCAUUUUUCAUGAAAAAAGCCCCAGAACCUGGUGAAGAACUUUCUCCUCUUAUUGAGGGACUACAACAGCUCAAGUAUGGAGAGGAUGAAAAUACUCCUGAAGAACUAGCAGCAAAUUAUAAAGAGGAUGGGAACUUCAAUUAUAAAUAUAAAAAAUACCGCUUAGCUAUUUUAAGUUACACAGAAGGAAUUAAAACAAAAUGUAAAGAUGACGAUCUGAGGGCACAGUUAUAUAAUAAUAGAGCUGCAGCUCAUUUUAUGUUAAAAAAUUAUCGGUCGAGCUUAUCUGAUUGUAAGCGUGCUAUAAAACUUAAACCAAUUUAUCCAAAAGCUUUAGCUCGAGCAGUUCAAUGUUGUUAUUACAGUAAAAAUUAUGAUGAAUGUAUUGAACUAGCUGAUAGGUAUCUUUCAGAAUAUGAACCAAAUAAGGAAAUUUCAACACUUAUGACAAACGCACUAACAGAACGAAAAAAGAAACAACGUGAUGAUCGCAUGCAAGAAAAGCGUGAAAAAGUUGUAGAAGAAGAAGAAAACAAGUUAAUUCAAGCUAUAAUUAAUAGAGGUAUAAAGAUAGAAUUAUCUACUGACAAAAAAAUAUUUGAGCUGAAGGACUUAGAACCACAAAUUCCACAAUUGGCUCAGUACAGAGUAAGGUUUGACCAAGCAAAUCGAUUAGUGUGGCCUGUAAUGAUUCUUUAUCCUGAAACGAUGCAGACUGAUUUCAUACAAAAUUUUUAUGAGGAUACACCGUUUAUGGAUCAAUUAGAGGAAUUAUUUGAAGAGCCACCAGAGUGGGAUAUUGGUCGACGGUAUAUUCUCUCCAAUUUAAACGUUUAUUUUGAAGGAAAGAAUAAAAUGUCUAUUCAUAAAAUAGAUGUAAGCAAAACCUUAGGGACUAUUAUGAAACAAGAAGAAUUUACUGUGAGAGGUGGGACACCCUCCUUUUUGGUACUAAUUGCAUCAAGUGAUACAGAAAAACGUUUUUUAGAUAACUACAAGUCAUUACGAUCAUUGUAAUAUUUUUAUUAAUAAUAAUAACAAUAUAUAAUGUUGCUAUUGCGAAGGUCGAAUACUUUUUUUUAAUACUAUUUACUUGAAUAUUUUACAAAGCAAUAAAGAAAAUCUAAUGAUUA